AAAAGCCUUCUCGCCAAAUCCCCGAAUGCCCGGGACUGACGGUAAGCCACACCAACACAGACCUCGCACAACGAUGCUUCACGUAUACCGUGCGUGCCGAGGAGACUCGGUGCGGGGGAAAUCAGAGAUCUGCGGGCUGGUUUUGAUUGAUGGAGCAAUAAUUAACACCUCGUCCGCGCCGACAGCACCUUGAUGGCCAACUCGAUGCUCAGACUACUUAAGUAAGAGACGAUGGCUACCGUCCCACAUUGCAGAGCGCGACGCCGUCACGGGAUUUGUUUUCUCCAUUAUGCUGGCUCGUGUGCGUGGAUAUGUGGUGUCAGCCAACGUUUCUGAGGUGUUGAGUGCGCGAACGUGCUGAGGAGAGUCGAGCGCCCAUUGUUCCUUCAGCUCCGACGUCACUAAGGAACCUCCGUCGUCGUCUUGUUACUGGUAACAACUGCGGACAAAAUGAUGACUGCAACCAGGCGCAUAUGCCUCACAAUGCUGGCCUGCGUGUGCAUCGUGCCCUGGUGUUACUCUAGGACGACUCAUAGCCCUCGCACCGAGAAAGUAUUUGCCAAGCUGAGGGCACUCUACGAUUGCACCAAGCUGGCACUCUUUGAAGCCGGUCACAACGACACUGUCUUCCUCAACCAAAUUAUAGGAGCCAGGUGCAACAGGACGUUCGACGGUUGGCACUGCUGGCCGCCGACACCAGCGGGAGCUGCAGCAUGGGCGCCGUGUCCGGACCUCCUUCCUGGAAAAGUGAAUUUUUCGGCGGCAGCGAAGUAUGACUGCCACUUCAAUGGUUCAUGGGAUGGCAGUACUGCGGACUACACAUCCUGCACCAGCUCACCCACUGAACCAUCCGAAGUGGUGCUCUUGCAGCGCAUUGCUGAAGAUUUAGGCGACGACAUGCCUUGGGAACGAAACCUGCAUAGCGGUGAGGACGGGAUCGUAGAAGAGAAGAUCGGGAGCUUCAAGGACUGCCUCGAGAAUGUCCUCCUAAAACCGCUUCCUCACUCAGGUUUCAACGAGUCCAUCUGUCCCAGAACGUGGGACGGCUGGAGUUGCUGGAAUGAUACGCUUCCAGGUCACACAGCGUACGCCCCAUGCCCUCAAUUCGUGGCCGGCUUUGUACCGUACAGGCAGGCGCACAAGGUGUGCACUUCUAACGGAACUUGGUUUCGUCAUCCCAUCACUGGAUACAUCUGGUCCAACUACACGGCUUGUGUCGACACCCAUGACCUACAGCACGGCAACUUGGUGAACUCGCUGUACGUCGCUGGAUAUACAAUAUCACUGGUGGCUCUGAUUUUGUCACUCAUCAUAUUUUUCUCUUUCAGUUCACUUCGUUGCAGGCGAAUAACUAUUCAUAAAAACUUGUUCACGUCGUUCAUUGUCAGCAACUGCUGCUGGAUACUUUGGUACGUUCAAGUCGUCGCUGGAACACAUGUAAUCGAACUGAACCCGACCUGGUGCCAGGCCCUGCACGUGUUGACGCAAUACUUCCUGCUCUGCAACUACCUGUGGAUGUUCUGCGAGGGUCUGUACCUGCACAGGCUCUUGGUACUUGCAUUCGUCGACGAAGACAAGGCCAUCAAGUGGUUCGUGCUCGCAGGCUGGGGUUUUCCCUUACUUCCAACUAUUGCCUACGCUGUUACACGUGGCUUAGAUACGGAGGCUUCGAGAAUGUGCUGGGUGGAGCACGACGUGUGGUACACUUACAUACUAAGUGUCCCUGUAUGCCUUUCAAUACUGCUAAGCCUUGCCUUCCUCGUGAACAUCCUGAGGGUUUUGGUAUCAAAACUAAGAGCUGUCAAUUCUCGGGACCGGGAGAGUGCUAGGAAAGCUGUCCGGGCCACGCUGAUUCUCCUGCCCCUCCUUGGCCUUCACUACAUUGUGACACCGUUCCGCCCGGAGAGGGAUCGCAUCUGCCUGGCUUACGAGAUCUUCUCGGCCCUCGUCACAUCUCUGCAAGGUCUUUGUGUCGCACUCCUGUAUUGUUUCUUUAAUGAAGAGGUUCUUGCAACUCUUCGCAAAGCGCUGUCGCAGACUCCAUGUGCCAGAAAGGAAUGGCGCCGUAUGUCCUUCGCCAACUCAACCAUCACUUUCCUGUCAAGAAGAGCGUCCGAUGGCAAAGGCUUAUCGCCAUCACCUGGAAACUUUCAGCAGUCCCUGCUGUGAAAGAAAUUGAAGGUGGAAACAUAGACAGCUCAGUAUGGUUCUUAUCGUGCGCAUUCUACGGUUCACGUAUGGUAAUGCGAGGCCUCACCAAUGUUUAGACAUGCAGCUUGAUAAACCAUCAGUCAUCGGUUACCCUGACAUGCCGAACUCUGUAAGCCAUCGGUAGACUUCGGUAUACGAGUCACUGCAGAUAAAGCACUUGUACAGCAAGUUCAGCACGUUGGUUUCUAAACCCACAGAGUGCGAAAAAGGACGAGGACACGAUAAACGACUGUACGAGUGAAGCGCUUUCACGUACCCUAGUAAGUGCAGAACCUCUUUCCCACAACAAGCCACAUAAGGGCACCUACAGAGCUUCGAGCCGCAAGGACGGAAUCUUUAAGUGGAUAGGCAUGUUUCCGAGCUGUUGGUAAUUUCCUUACUGUACGUGUGUGUAUAUGAAUUGACAGUGGGAUUUGGUAUGCUGUGGACUUAGCAAUAAAAAUCAGAAGGCUUUAGCGAUUCCUGAAGCUUUGCAUUUAUUCUCUGCGAUAGCAACAGGUAACAUCCGACACCGCGAACUUCUCAAGAGCGACUUCAUUGCGGUGCGCACAACAUAAUCUUUGUGCCUGUUUUGGCCUCGAAAAUACUAGUGCUCAGUGUACAAUGAAAUAGUAGUACAGCGCGGCCGCUCUUAGAGUCUGCUUGACGCACGAAACCCAGCACAAAUUUCCAAGGGCGAAUGUACGUUGCUAAUAGCUCAAGUACAUAAUCAUCUGAGUGAAUAAAGAUCUUCUUUUGAGGAAACUAUU